AUGGACAACGUUCACACAAUAGGACUCACAUAUGGAACAAUGCUGGCUAUCCGUGAUGCUGGUCUCCCUAUCCCCGCUGGGGUUAUCGGCUGGAGUCCCUGGCUGGACUUGCUGCACUCGAUGCCAUCGGUGUUGCUUAACGCAGGAAGCGACUAUCUGCCAGCAGAGGGUUUCACCCAGGGCGGACAGGGAUCGCUGAAAAGGAUUGCCAAAUUGGCAGAGGCCGUUGAGGCUGACUAUGUAAUGCAACACCACCCCGAUCUGCCCGAGAUCCAGUACUAUGCAAGCAAUGCUGUGCUCGACUGUACAUAUGUCUCUCCCCUUGUGGAGAAGAACUUGGAAGGAGUCUGCCCAAUGCUUGUGAUCACAGGAGAUGGAGAGAUGUUGAGGGAUGAGUCGAUUGUGUUUGCGAAAAAGAAUGCCAAUGCAUCGGCCCCGAUUCAAUUGCUCGUCUAUGAUGAUAUGCCUCAUGUCUUCCAGAUGUUUGACUUUUUGCCGGGUGCAGCAGAUGCAAUCCAGCGUUCGGCCGACUUUAUUCGUCAGGUCACUAUUGGUGGCGAGGGAGUGGAGAAGAAGAGCAGCUACCGGGUUAAUGUCGAUGGUCAGCUCCGUGCCCUGGAGGACGAUGCCGUCGUUGGUUGGGAGGCCCGCGUCGGCAAGCUCGGCGGCGGUCAGGCUAUUCUUGUUCAACUCUAG